GUUGGUCAAUGGGAUUUGAACGCGCAAUAUACAAAUACGUACGUUACUUAAAUGAGUUCACCUAAACGUCGAUGCUUUAGGCAAAGACAAGACAGCGAAAGCAGUUCUGACCAUGAAGUUGUCGAGAAAGAGGACGGUAAUGAGUCCAGUGGUCUGGAAGAAUACGAGAAAGAGGAGAUUACUCGACAAAAUGAUUUGAAGGAGCGUGAUGCUUUUGUGAAGCGUCUUGUUGACCGAGAUCAGCAAGAAACCAAACGACUGUCAUCUAAGCCUGCAAGUAAACAUGAGGAAGCUCUGAAAAAAAUUGCUGCUGGUGAAGUCAGUCGUGAAGAAAUGGUGGCUGAGUUGCGUAAAGCGUCUAGGCGUGCAUACUUGAAAAAGAGGCAGUCUGAUAAGCUCGCAGAUCUUCAAGCUGAAAUAAAGGAUGAGGAAUUAUUCUUUGAUGACGAAGAGCUUACUGAGGCGGAAAAGGCUGAGUUAGAGUAUAAAAAGACUAUUUUGGCGGUUGCAAAGUCUCACCAGCAGGCUGGGGAAUUAGAGAAUAUGGCUCGUUAUUACAUCCCCACUGAAGAAAAGCGUCCUGAAGAUCGUGAAGUAAAGGAACCUGAAAGUAAAGUUAAUGAUGAGGGCAAGCGGUGGGAGCAGGAACAUCUUUCUUCAGCACUUUUUUCAUUUGGUGCUAAGGAUAAAACUGAACGACAGGUGAAAUAUGAUCUUGUUUUGGAUGAUGAAAUAGAAUUCUUGAAGACAUUAACACGACCUGGUGCCAAUGUUGAAGAACAGGUUGAUCCAGAAGAAGAAGAGAAGAAAAAAGUUGCUGAUAAACGUGAAGCUCUUAAAGAGGCGAGAUGUUCCCUUCCCAUCUAUAAAUUUCGAGAUGCUCUUUUGCAAGCCAUAGAAGAUCACCAGAUUUUAAUCAUAGAAGGUGAAACAGGUUCUGGUAAAACAACUCAAAUUCCCCAAUACUUGUAUGAAGCGGGUUAUUGUAAUGGUGGAAAGCGUAUUGGUUGUACUCAGCCUCGUCGUGUUGCUGCUAUGUCAGUUGCUGCUCGUGUUUCACAAGAAAUGUCUGUUCGACUUGGUGGUGAAGUGGGUUACAGUAUUCGUUUUGAAGAUUGUACAUCUGAGCGUACAAUAAUAAAGUAUAUGACUGAUGGUAUGCUGCUGCGUGAAUUUCUCACAGAACCAGAUUUGGGCGCUUAUUCCGUAAUGAUGAUAGAUGAAGCUCACGAGCGUACACUUCAUACAGAUAUACUAUUUGGGUUAGUAAAGGAUGUUGCUCGUUUCCGUCCUGAUUUAAAACUCCUAAUCAGUUCUGCAACUUUAGAUGCAGAGAAAUUCGCAGCAUUCUUUGAUGAUGCUCCUGUAUUUCGAAUCCCAGGUCGGCGUUAUCCAGUUGAUAUUUACUAUACAAAGGCCCCAGAAGCAGAUUAUAUUGAAGCUGCUAUAAUAUCUGUUCUUCAAAUUCAUGUUACUCAACCACCAGGUGAUAUUCUAGUCUUUUUAACUGGUCAAGAAGAAAUUGAGACGGCUAAUGAACUACUUGUUGAACGUACAAGAAAAUUAGGCAGUAAAAUUCGUGAACUGUUAAUCUUACCAAUUUAUUCUACUCUUCCAUCUGAUAUGCAGGCGAAAAUAUUUGCUCCAACACCACCAGGAGCACGUAAAGUCGUUUUAGCCACCAAUAUAGCUGAAACAUCACUUACUAUUGAUGGUAUAAUCUAUGUGAUUGACACAGGAUUUUGUAAACAAAAAUUUUAUAGUGCACGUUCCGGUGUUGAAUCAUUGAUUGUUGUGCCGAUAUCACAAGCUGCAGCUGAUCAACGAGCUGGACGUGCUGGACGUGUAGCUGCUGGUAAAUGUUUCCGUCUGUAUACUUCACAUGCAUAUCAUACAGAAUUAGAAGCACAACCUAUUCCUGAAAUACAACGUACAAAUUUAGGCAAUGUUGUCCUAUUGCUUAAAUCUCUUGGAAUUGAUGAUCUGUUACACUUUGAUUAUAUGGAUCCACCACCACAUGAUGCAUUAAUCAUGGCAUUAGAACAGCUAUAUGCUCUGGGUGCAUUGAAUCAUAAAGGUGAAUUAACCAAAAUGGGUCGUCAAAUGGCUGAAUUCCCGUGUAGUCCACAAUUAUCAAAAAUGAUUUUAGCAUCAGAUAAAUAUAAAUGUUCCGGUGAUAUAAUUACUAUAGCAGCAAUGCUGUCAGUAAAUAAUGCCAUCUUCUAUAGACCUAAAGAUAAAGUAAUUCAUGCUGAUACAGCACGAAAAGGAUUUUUUCACAUUGCUGGAGAUCAUGUUAUGCUACUCAAUGUUUAUAACCAAUGGGCAGAAUCAGAUUUUUCUUCGCAUUGGUGUUAUGAACAAUUCAUUCAAUAUCGAACUAUGAAACGUGCACGUGAUAUUCGAGAUCAGUUUGUUGCCUUGUUAGACAGAGUUGAAAUUGAACUAGUGAAUAAUUCAAAUGAUCAUGUAAAUAUUAGAAAAGCUAUUACAGCUGGUUUCUUCUAUCAUACUGCACGAUUCACUGGGAAUGGUUAUAAAACAGUGAAACAAAAGCACACUAUUUAUCCACAUCCUAAUUCAUGUUUAGCUGAAGCCUUACCAAAAUGGGUUAUCUAUCAUGAGCUGGUAUAUACUACUAAAGAGUUUAUGCGUCAAGUUAUUGAAAUUGAACCAAAGUGGUUACUUGAAGUUGCACCGCAUUAUUACAAGGAGAAAGAGAUAGAAUGUACUAGUGAAAAAGUCUCAAAGAAUAAAGGCAAAGCACGUGCUGAAUUGGAACCAAGGGAAGGCAUUUAAGACUGUUUUAUUUUUGUAAAAAGAAGUAUUGUAUUGUAACUGUAAAACCUAGAUUAUGUAAUCUAACACUUGUAUAUUUUCAUUAUUAUUAUUAUUUUUAUUUAUUUUUAACUUCUUUGCUUUGUUUUAACAUGUAUUGAAAAGCUCCUUUUUAACAUAUUUUUGAAAAGACAAAUAAAGCUCCAAAGUUACAA